AUGCCCCAAAUGAGCAGCCAUAGAAAAAAGCAAAGAAAGUUGGCAGUAUCUACAUCCGCUGAUACGGCUGUUGUACCUACGGAGCCGGUUUCUGCAAACGAACAAAUUAUUAGAAAAAUCCAAUUUCUCAAUCCAAUGUACAGCGAUUUUACUAUCAAAUGUGGCGAUGAAAUCUUUCCAGCCCAUCGGAACAUCCUCUGUCCCCAAUCAGAAUAUGUUGAGAUCGCUUGUGGUAGUCACUUCAAGGAAAGCAACGGCGAGAUCAUCAUUGAGGAUUGCAAUCCUAUGCUCAUCAAAAAGACACUCGAAUUCUUGUACACGGGCGACUAUACUUAUGACGGUUCUCCAAAUACCCAAGCCCUCCUGAACUCAAAGAAUAGUUCUAGAUGUUCACCGCAAACAUUGACAGAAAGUGAUUAUGGGUUAGAUGCAAACACUGAACAAUAUUGCAACCCAUCUCGAAAAAUCAAUACCACAAAUUAUCAAAGUUGUCAUGCCUUCUUCCACGCUCAAAUAGCUCAAGGAGAAAGCAAAGGAUUAUAUCAGAAAUCUUUCUUGGGACAUCCCGCCCGCGAGUCAUUCAGCUCCUCCGUCAUUGGAGUUUACAGCUCAACAGGAGAGCACGACCGUGCAAUAAGAGAUCUUGUUGUCCAGCUCACGACGGAUAACCUCAAGAUUCUGAGGAGUGGGAAGGAUCCUAUAUUCAGUGAUAGACUCUUGGCAUCUGUUCCCAAAUUCAUGCUGGAAAUCUGUCUUUCGACCUUGGACAAGUGUGCUGGGUAUCAAAGGCAGCAGCAGUAUGAAAGGUGGGGUUACUAG